CUGGAAACUGUUUCAUUGUUCAGUGUCCUGCAGCCAAAAUAUCGGCGCGGCUCAGCCAUCGCCAGAGUGUUCCCGGAGCUUCGCCCAUCGCAGAGCCGGCUUUAUUCUCUGGCCAGACGUCUCCUGUGAUUGCAUCGCUGCGACUUUUGCGCCCGCGGGCUCCACGGGGGGUGCGCAUUUAGGGGUCUGCAGUCUGGAACCGACCGACCGCCCGACGGACCAAGACGACACGCUAGCCAGAUCCGAGAAACGGCGCAACAGACAACACCCAACUGCGGUCUCUCGUGUCAGUAUCGUUUUGCAGUGUACCGGCCUCCCUAUUCCGGCUUUUCCGCUCGCUGAGAUCAUCCCCUCGACUGCCCUCUCUCUCUCUCUCUGUCUCUCUCUCCGGCGCCUACUCUCUACACGUUUCCUCCACCGACCGGGCACCAUGCCCGACGCCUCCGCCUCCGGGGCCUCGUCGUCCCAAAAUGACGCCUCCGCGCGCAACCGGCGCGAGCACAACCAGGGCAAUCAGGAGCGCAAGUACACGGCCGAGCAGAAGGCGGCGGUGCUGCGGAUCCGGCGGUGCCACCCGACGGCCUUCUACGAGAUCCUGGAGCUGCAAAAGACGUGUACCGAUAGCGAGAUCAAGAAGGCGUACCGCAAGCUCUCGCUGCUGACGCACCCGGACAAGAACGGCCACGAACACGCCGACGAGGCAUUCAAGAUGGUGUCGCGCGCUUUCAGCGUGCUGGGCGACAAGGAGAAGAGAGAAAAGUACGACCGGUACGGGACGGACCCCGACAGUCGGUUCGCCAGUGCCCAGGCGCAGGCUGCGGAGAACCCCUUCGCCGGGUUUUCCGGACGGAGAGCCGCCGGCGGCGGCGGCGGCGGCGGCACUGGUGGUGGGUGGGGUGCAGAGGAGAUUAGUCCGGAAGAAAUGUUUGCGCGGUUCUUUGGGGGUGGUGGUUUUGGAGGGCCUUUUGCAGGCUUUGACGGCGGGCCGCAGUUCGUCUUCAAUUUUGGCGGGCCGGGAGUUCGGGUGCAUCAGUUCGGCGGCCCACGACCACGGGGUCGGCCCCGUAACCCCGGACAAGAGGAGCCGCCGAGUGUGUGGAGCAAUCUUGUCGGGUAUCUGCCCAUCAUCCUGCUCCUUUUCUGGCCAGUCAUCUCCUCCAUCUUCUCGGGCGUCUUCUCCUCGACGCCGUCAACGCCUAGCAUGGUCUUCGAUGAGCCGCACCCGCCACUGUACACGAUGGAGCGCACGAUGCCGCACUUCAAGGUGAAGUAUUACCUCAACCCGGCCGACGUCCACUCGUACAGUCAGUCCAAGCUGUCAUCGCUUGACAAGAAGGCCGAGGUGGUGCUCGUGCAGCAGCUGCGCCUCAAGUGCGAUAACGAGAUGGCGCACAAGCAGCAGCUACGGAACGCGGCCCAAGGCUGGUUCUUCCAGGAUCCGGAGAAGAUGGAGCUGGCGAAUACAUAUGACAUGCCCGCCUGUCGUAGGCUGAACUCGUUGGGGGUGUGAUGGGUGGAGGAAGUAAUGUUUGAAGCUGGCUGGCUGGGAUUGGGCGCUAUGUGAUUAUGGCUUAGAAUUUUCUUUCCGCUACGAUUAGUCGGCCCACGAUUCUGGCCCUUCUGGCGUUGGAGGAUAUUU